CCAAGGUAGAUAAAAAUGAACUGGAGCUGAAUGAAUUAGACCAGAGAAUAUUUUUUAUAGUCAUUAUCCUUCCACAAGUGAAAGAAACAGGUACAACAGUUCAAAGAUGGCAUUAGCAAGUGGACAUUGGAUUAGAAAAGAAAUAACAGGAAACCCUCCUAGCCCUAGGCAUGGACAUGCAUUGACAGUGGCUGGCGACAUAGCAUUUGUAUUUGGAGGAUGUUCUAUGCAUAAUUCCUUUGAUGAUCAGCCAACAUAUUUCAAUGACUUCUACAUGUUGACAAUUUCUCCUACUGAUUUGACUUGGGAGAGGAUACCACAGGAUGGACAUAUACCUUGUGCCAGAGAAGGACAUGCUCUUUGUGUAGUAAAAGGGAAGAUAUAUUUAUUUGGAGGUUGCUCAACCCAGGAAGCUGAAGAAUGUCUUCCAGGAGUCCACAGCUUUGACCUCAGUUCUUUAACCUGGCAAAAGAUAAAAACCACUGGUGUUGCACCACGGACCCUUAGACACAGUUCAGCAGUAGUAGGGGAAAACAUCUAUGUUUAUGGUGGAGUUCACUAUGGAAAAACUGUUGAUGACUUGUAUAUGUUCAGUACAGUAUCUCUUAAUUGGACCCCAGUCAAAACCACUGGUCCUGCACCUGGUGCCAGCAGGUACGGGACGUGCUGCAGACACAGAACCAGUCUCCUGCCCCGGAAAAUCGAUUAUUACCUGGGAGUUACGCUCUUGUGAAAGAUUGGAACGAGGAACCACUUCGAGCCAGAUGGAAGGGCCCAUAUAGAGUACUUUUAACGACCCCGACGGCAGCAAAGCUCGAAGGAAUCAAGACUUGGA